AAUAACGUUGCGUAUUGCAGUAUGAGACUUUAGUGACGAACGGACGAACGUAAGAAUUGCUGCAUUCGAGUUAAUAGUUUCUUUUAGAAUUGAUAUUUGAAGAAUUUACUCUGACUCCUUAGUGCGCAAAGAUAUUUCAUCUAUUAAAAAAAAGCAAAAAAUAAAUCAAGUGUCCAAGAGCGAACAACUAGAUGCGUAUAUUGCGGUAGUGAAUGAAUGUAAAUGAGUGAGUGCCGGUGUAUAUAUAAUGCAAAAAGAUGCCCGUAUAAGUACGUGAAUCAAUAGUUGGAAACGGCCUGUUCGAUACCAUCGAUUUGUGUUUUUUUACUUAUGUGUGGAGUAACAUUUCCCUUAGCUAUGUGCGAAUUAUAAGUGAUUAGUGCCAGAUAAAUUGCUUAGUAUUUCGAACAUCUUCAUUAUCUUCAUUAUCAGAGCCAGAGCCGGAACUACGUGAAAUAAGGAAUAGCAGUGGUAGUAAUGCAACCGCAGUACUAGCAAUAUUAGUAUUACCGCCAGCAACACAAAGGCUUAGUUAAAGAAAUCGAAUAGUUGAAAAGCAACUAUAACUACACGCAGCAGCUGCGACAAGCUUUUACGAAUCAAAAAGCUUUUGAUUGAUUUUGCUCUACGCUACGAUAUAACUAUAUUACAGUGCUUUCGAGAAAGUGAGAUAUUCAUCGAAACACUUGGAUGGAAUAAAUGCGUCAUGAUUAUUACAAUGACGCUCUACAUAACACUGUGAUCUGUGGAAAGAAAUUGAUGAGCCCCAUGCCUUGGUCAUCAGAGGCUCUCAUUGUUGGCCAUAUAGACAAUGACCGAAGACUCCGAUUCGAUAUCUGAGGAAGAACGUAGUUUGUUCCGUCCUUUCACUCGUGAAUCAUUACAAGCUAUCGAAGCACGCAUUGCAGAUGAAGAAGCCAAACAGCGAGAAUUGGAAAGAAAACGAGCUGAGGGGGAGAGUGAUUUUGGUCGGAAGAAAAAGAAAAAAGAAAUACGCUACGAUGACGAGGAUGAGGAUGAAGGUCCCCAACCGGACCCUACUCUUGAACAGGGUGUACCAGUCCCAGUUCGAAUGCAAGGCAGCUUCCCCCCGGAGUUGGCCUCCACGCCUCUCGAGGAUAUUGACAGUUUCUAUUCAAAUCAAAGGACAUUCGUAGUGAUUAGUAAAGGAAAAGAUAUAUUUCGUUUCUCCGCAACUAACGCAUUAUAUGUACUUGAUCCGUUUAACCCCAUACGCCGCGUAGCUAUUUAUAUUUUAGUACAUCCACUGUUUUCACUUUUUAUAAUAACGACCAUUCUUGUUAAUUGUAUAUUGAUGAUUAUGCCUACCACGCCGACAGUCGAAUCUACCGAGGUGAUAUUCACCGGCAUCUACACGUUCGAAUCAGCUGUAAAAGUGAUGGCGCGAGGUUUCAUAUUACAACCGUUUACUUAUCUUAGAGAUGCAUGGAAUUGGUUGGACUUCGUAGUAAUAGCAUUAGCAUAUGUAACUAUGGGUAUAGAUUUGGGUAAUCUUGCUGCGUUGAGAACAUUCAGGGUAUUACGAGCUCUUAAAACGGUAGCCAUCGUUCCAGGCUUAAAAACCAUCGUCGGAGCUGUUAUAGAAUCCGUAAAGAAUCUCAGAGAUGUGAUAAUUUUAACAAUGUUUUCGUUAUCCGUGUUUGCUUUGAUGGGUCUACAAAUCUACAUGGGAGUACUAACACAAAAGUGCAUAAAAGAGUUCCCAUUGGAUGGUUCCUGGGGUAAUCUAACCGACGAAAGCUGGGAGCUGUUCAACAGCAAUGACACAAAUUGGUUCUAUUCCGAGAGUGGCGACAUUCCUCUUUGUGGAAACUCAUCUGGAGCUGGACAAUGUGAUGAAGGCUACAUUUGUUUACAAGGCUAUGGCAAAAAUCCAAAUUACGGGUAUACAAGUUUUGAUACAUUCGGAUGGGCAUUCUUGUCUGCCUUUCGUCUAAUGACUCAAGAUUAUUGGGAGAAUUUAUAUCAACUGGUGUUACGAUCAGCUGGACCGUGGCACAUGCUCUUCUUCAUUGUGAUUAUCUUCUUGGGUUCGUUUUACCUUGUAAAUUUAAUCUUGGCCAUUGUCGCCAUGUCGUACGACGAACUCCAGAAGAAGGCCGAAGAGGAAGAGGCCGCCGAGGAAGAAGCACUUCGGGAAGCAGAAGAAGCUGCGGCAGCAAAGGCAGCUAAACUGGAAGCACAACAAGCGGCCGCAGCAGCAGCGGCGAACCCAGAAAUCGCUAAAAGCCCUUCGGAUUUCUCCUGUCACAGCUAUGAGUUGUUUGUCGGACAGGAGAAAGGCAACGACGAUAACAAUAAGGAGAAAAUGUCCAUUAGAAGCGAAGGAUUGGAGUCGGUGAGCGAAAUCACAAGAACAACCGCACCAACAGCUACUGCAGCUGGCACUGCAAAAGCCCGUAAAGUGAGCGCGGCUUCACUUUCAUUACCCGGUUCACCAUUUAAUCUUCGUAGAGGAUCUAGAGGAUCACACCAGUUCACGAUACGUAACGGUAGAGGACGUUUCGUUGGUGUACCUGGUAGCGAUAGAAAACCACUGGUACUAUCAACAUAUCUCGAUGCACAAGAACACCUGCCAUACGCUGAUGAUUCCAACGCGGUAACGCCGAUGUCGGAAGAAAAUGGUGCAAUCAUCGUUCCAGUAUACUAUGCUAAUUUAGGUUCAAGGCACUCGUCGUAUACUUCGCAUCAGUCGCGUAUUUCGUACACAUCUCACGGUGACCUGCUCGGGGGCAUGACAAAAGAGAGCCGUCUGCGAAAUCGAUCAGCCCGUAACACUAACCAUUCAAUUGUACCACCUCCGAAUGCUAACAAUCUAUCCUACGCUGAAACAAACCAUAAAGGACAGCGAGAUUUCGACUUGACACAGGACUGUACAGACGAUGCCGGAAAAAUAAAACAUAACGACAAUCCUUUCAUAGAACCUGCUCAAACUCAAACUGUGGUAGAUAUGAAAGACGUGAUGGUGUUAAAUGACAUUAUUGAGCAAGCUGCUGGUCGGCACAGCAGGGCAAGUGAUCACGGAGUCUCUGUUUAUUACUUCCCCACAGAGGACGACGACGAAGAUGGCCCAACGUUUAAGGACAAAGCCCUCGAGUUUCUGAUGAAGAUGAUCGACAUUUUCUGUGUGUGGGACUGUUGUUGGGUUUGGCUUAAAUUUCAGGAAUGGGUUGCUUUUAUUGUGUUUGACCCAUUUGUAGAGCUAUUCAUUACGCUCUGCAUUGUGGUAAAUACACUGUUUAUGGCUUUAGAUCAUCACGAUAUGGAUCCAGAUAUGGAAAAGGCACUGAAAAGUGGCAACUACUUCUUCACAGCUACAUUUGCCAUCGAAGCUACAAUGAAGCUCAUAGCAAUGAGCCCCAAAUAUUACUUUCAAGAGGGUUGGAAUAUCUUCGAUUUUAUUAUCGUAGCACUGUCUCUGCUAGAAUUGGGACUUGAGGGUGUUCAAGGAUUGUCAGUAUUACGAUCGUUCCGUUUGCUAAGAGUUUUCAAGCUGGCAAAAUCAUGGCCUACAUUGAAUCUUCUAAUUUCCAUCAUGGGACGUACAGUUGGUGCCCUUGGUAAUUUAACCUUCGUCUUAUGCAUCAUCAUUUUCAUCUUCGCCGUGAUGGGGAUGCAACUUUUUGGCAAAAACUACACAGAUAAUGUGGAUAGAUUCCCCGACCAUGAUCUGCCAAGAUGGAAUUUUACAGAUUUCAUGCAUUCCUUCAUGAUUGUGUUCCGUGUGCUAUGCGGAGAAUGGAUUGAAUCAAUGUGGGAUUGUAUGCUUGUCGGUGAUGUAUCCUGCAUACCAUUUUUCUUGGCCACUGUAGUGAUAGGAAAUUUAGUCGUGCUUAACCUUUUCUUAGCCUUGCUUUUGUCAAAUUUUGGUUCAUCAUCCUUGUCUGCACCAACGGCAGAUAAUGAGACCAACAAGAUUGCAGAAGCGUUCAACAGAAUAUCACGCUUUUCUAACUGGAUUAAAAUGAAUUUAGCAAACGCUCUCAAGUUUGUAAAAAAUAAAUUAACAAGCCAAAUAGCAUCCGUUCAACCGACAGGCAAAGGCGUAUGUCCAUGUAUAUCUUCAGAGCAUGGUGAAAAUGAACUGGAACUUACUCCAGACGAUAUUUUGGCGGAUGGACUAUUGAAGAAAGGAAUCAAAGAGCACAACCAACUGGAAGUAGCGAUUGGCGAUGGCAUGGAAUUCACCAUUCAUGGUGAUCUGAAGAACAAAGCAAAAAAGAAUAAACAAAUCAUGAACAACUCUAAGGUGAUAGGCAAUUCUAUUAGUAAUCAUCAAGAUAAUAAAUUAGAUCAUGAACUGAAUCAUAGAGGCGUGUCCUUACAGGACGAUGAUACUGCUAGUAUCAAAUCUUAUGGCAGUCACAAGAAUCGCCCAUUUAAGGAUGAAAGCCACAAAGGCAGCGCCGAAACGAUGGAGGGUGAAGAAAAACGUGAUGCCAGCAAGGAGGAUCUAGGAAUUGACGAAGAACUCGACGACGAAGGCGAGGGAGAUGAAGGUCCUCUGGAUGGAGAGCUGAUUAUUCAUGCAGAAGAAGACGAAGUGAUUGAGGAUUCACCGGCGGAUUGCUGCCCGGACAACUGCUACAAAAAAUUUCCUGUUCUUGCUGGGGAUGAUGACGCGCCGUUCUGGCAGGGUUGGGGAAAUUUACGUCUCAAAACGUUUCAGCUAAUAGAAAAUAAGUAUUUUGAGACAGCUGUAAUUACAAUGAUUCUGCUUAGUAGCUUAGCUUUGGCCCUCGAAGAUGUGCAUCUUCCACAGCGCCCAAUCCUUCAAGAUAUUCUUUAUUACAUGGAUCGAAUUUUCACAGUGAUCUUUUUUUUAGAGAUGUUAAUCAAAUGGUUAGCUUUAGGUUUUAAAGUAUAUUUUACAAAUGCUUGGUGUUGGCUUGAUUUCAUUAUCGUGAUGGUAUCUUUGAUAAACUUCGUUGCUUCACUUUGUGGAGCUGGUGGUAUUCAAGCAUUCAAAACCAUGCGAACUCUUAGAGCCCUGAGACCACUACGUGCCAUGUCCCGUAUGCAGGGAAUGAGGGUCGUCGUGAAUGCGUUGGUUCAAGCUAUACCGUCCAUCUUCAACGUGCUGCUGGUUUGUUUGAUAUUCUGGCUAAUAUUUGCAAUCAUGGGGGUGCAAUUAUUUGCUGGCAAAUACUUCAAGUGUGUGGAUAAAAAUAAAACUACAUUACCUCACGAAAUUAUACCGGAUGUAAAUGCUUGCAAAGCCGAAAACUAUUCAUGGGAAAAUUCACCAAUGAACUUCGAUCAUGUAGGUAAAGCAUAUUUGUGUCUGUUUCAAGUAGCCACAUUCAAAGGAUGGAUACAAAUAAUGAACGAUGCUAUUGAUUCUAGAGACGUCGGUAAACAGCCUAUACGGGAAACGAAUAUCUACAUGUAUCUGUACUUUGUGUUCUUUAUUAUCUUUGGGUCAUUCUUCACGUUGAAUCUAUUCAUUGGUGUUAUAAUUGACAACUUCAAUGAACAGAAAAAGAAAGCUGGUGGAUCGCUAGAAAUGUUCAUGACAGAGGAUCAGAAAAAGUACUAUAAUGCAAUGAAAAAAAUGGGUUCGAAGAAACCUCUAAAGGCAAUUCCUCGUCCAAGGUGGCGGCCUCAAGCAAUAGUUUUUGAAAUAGUGACGAACAAAAAGUUUGACAUGAUUAUCAUGUUGUUCAUCGGAUUCAAUAUGUUAACUAUGACACUGGACCACUACAAACAAUCAGAAACUUUUAGUGCUGUUUUGGAUUACUUGAAUAUGAUAUUCAUCUGCAUAUUCAGCAGCGAAUGUUUAAUGAAGAUUUUUGCACUUCGUUAUCAUUACUUUAUCGAGCCAUGGAAUUUGUUUGAUUUUGUUGUCGUCAUUCUUUCGAUUUUGGGCCUUGUUCUAAGUGAUAUCAUUGAAAAAUAUUUUGUAUCUCCCACACUUCUACGAGUCGUGCGAGUGGCAAAAGUGGGCCGAGUAUUGCGUUUGGUUAAAGGAGCCAAGGGUAUCCGAACGUUGCUGUUUGCAUUAGCAAUGUCGCUACCUGCACUAUUUAACAUCUGCUUGUUACUCUUUUUGGUGAUGUUUAUAUUUGCCAUUUUUGGAAUGUCAUUUUUCAUGCACGUCAAAGAUAAGAGUGGCUUAGAUGACGUGUACAAUUUUAAAACGUUUGGCCAGAGCAUGAUUUUACUAUUUCAGAUGUCAACCUCGGCUGGGUGGGAUGGUGUUUUAGAUGGUAUUAUCAAUGAAGAAGACUGUCUUCCACCAGACAAUGAUAAGGGCUAUCCGGGAAAUUGUGGUUCAUCAACAAUUGGCAUAACGUACUUAUUGGCGUAUCUUGUAAUAAGUUUCCUUAUCGUUAUUAACAUGUACAUUGCUGUUAUCCUCGAAAACUACUCGCAAGCUACGGAAGAUGUUCAAGAAGGCUUAACUGAUGACGAUUAUGAUAUGUACUACGAAAUAUGGCAGCAAUUCGAUCCUGACGGUACACAAUACGUUCGAUAUGAUCAGCUAUCAGACUUUUUGGAUGUGCUGGAACCGCCUCUACAGAUUCAUAAACCAAAUCGUUAUAAGAUUAUUUCGAUGGAUAUUCCGAUAUGCCGCGGAGAUAUGAUGUUCUGUGUCGAUAUUCUAGAUGCACUAACGAAAGAUUUUUUUGCUAGAAAAGGAAAUCCUAUAGAAGAAACAGCCGAAUUAGGUGAAGUUCAACAACGCCCAGACGAAGUUGGUUACGAACCAGUAUCAUCAACACUUUGGAGGCAGCGUGAAGAGUACUGUGCUCGACUGAUACAGCAUGCGUGGAAACGCUAUAAACAGCGUCACGGAGGCGGAACAGACGCUUCAGGAGAUGAUCUUGAAAUAGAUGCCUGUGAUAACGGUUGUGGUGGUGGUAAUGGCAAUGAAAAUGAUGAUAGUGGAGAUGGUGCAACAGGUAGUGGUGACAACGGAAGUCAGCAUGGUGGUGGCAGCAUAAGUGGCGGAGGAGGAACUCCUGGUGGUGGUAAAAGUAAAGGAAUUAUUGGCAGUACUCAGGCUAACAUAGGCAUAGUGGAUAGUAAUAUAUCACCAAAGGAAUCACCGGAUAGCAUCGGCGAUCUCCAAGGUCGUCAGACGGCCGUUCUUGUGGAGAGCGACGGAUUUGUGACGAAAAACGGUCACCGUGUCGUCAUACACUCUCGAUCUCCCAGCAUAACAUCGCGAACGGCAGAUGUCUGAGCCAGGUCUCGCCCCCCUCUCUCGGAUUCAGAUUCCGAAGCACGGCAGAAAUAAUAUUUGAAAUGACAUGCAAUGUAAGGUUUAAGCAUUCAAAGAACAUCAACAGACUCUCUUAAACGCAUGCUAUCUUAUGUAAAUGUAAAAAGUCAUUCAAAAAGCAAAAUGGCAUGAAACACCUCGUUCUAUACAAUGGAAAAGAGAAUCCCAAGAGAAAAAAGGUUGUUUUGCUGGUGCUGAAACACUCUAGCACAAUCAUUCAGACAGUGAACGUUAUAACAUAAUAUAAGCAUGGAAUCUAUCAUAGCAGCAAAGGGCGCCUAUCAAAAAAUAAUUAUUAUGGAAAAGAACCAAUCAUUCCUUUGUCGCUAAAUCCCUUGACACAGAUAUUAAGUCCAUAGCCAACAAUAAUCUCGCUCUUUUUCAUCAAAUUUAUAGAUCAAGCAACUUACAUGAAACACGGAACAGAUUUAAAAAAAAAUCAAUACAAACAUUUGUUUAUGUUACAAAUUAUUCAAUGAUCUUACAAUAGACACUUUUUAUAGAGACUUUGAGCCAAUUGGUCUCAUUUGCCUCUUACAAUUCACACAUAAACCAAACAACAACGUACACUUAUUAUUAUUGUUUUAUUGCAAUAUAAACAUAGCUUGGUUGAUCAAAAAUGCCUUCAUUGGACUGAAUUUGUCAAACCUGCUUUCUGAAAGGUAUUUUGUCUCAAUAUUACUUCUUUUUAGCACUAGUAAAGGUCCCAUCACAUUGAGGAAUAUGGAAUAGAAUUAUUACGUCAUAACGCUUUUCACAGCUUUAAUCUCAGCCAAAAAUGAAUUGCUCCUGGCCAAUGUAGAUUCUGUCAAGACAGUGGCGGAUUUAGGGUAUCGGGGGCCCUGGGCGGUAAGACGAGAUGAGGCCCCCUGUAAAUGGUAAAUGGUUUGCGGGAGUGGGGUGCAAAGGAAUCGCCAGCGUCAGCACUCCAACGUACAUCCUUCCGGGGCCCUUGUCGCUAGUACUCUGUAGUAUGCAGUAUGUAUAAAAGUGGACAGACUAGCGAUUUACGGGGCCCUUAAAUUGGCAGGGCCCCAGACGACCGCCUAGUAUGCCUACCGUUAGAUCCGCCGCUGUGUCAAGAAGGAAAAUCAGCACUCUCAAAGUGUACAACGGUGGUUUAUUGAGUAAGAAACACAUAAACCAGGUAUGAGAGUUUCUUCCCAAAACUAAUUCAACACAAAAUAGUUAUUUACAUGAACCACUACCAAUAACAGAAAGACAUGUUUUACAUAAAAUUCCGUUCCAUUAUUCCGAGUGUGUUUUUACAUUUGCGGAGCAGAUUUUUCUGUCAAAUGAGGUCAGCGACAGAUAAUUUCCGAAAUUAUUCCUGUAAUGUAAUUGGGCUUUUAAGUAUACUCAUAAGUGCGUAUGCUUGUGUAAAGUAAAACUUAAUUUCAUGAAAAUUUUCAUCUAAACCUUGUGAAACCCUUAUCAACAAUAGAACAAAAAAUAAGGAUGCAAUAAUACAUUUUUAGCACAAUUUCAAAUGAAAUAAACCGAUUUAUUUAGACGAACCAACUAUAUUAUCAUCUUUUUUUUAUUUGCCGCAACAACUGUUGUCGGUGAACGCCAGCCGAAUAAAUUAUAAGCAUUGCUGUAUUUGAUUGAUUAGUGUACUAGUCAGUCAGUCCUGCCUAUGGGGAGCUCGAUCGAUUCCAUUAUAUGGUCGAUAAUGGGCAUGUUCUGAGGUUUUAAUUUGUAUGUAUCUGAUAUUCCAAUUAUAUUUUAUUUUUCGUUGAAUAUAAACUCACUGAAUUAUAGUCGAGCAAUUAAUGCAAAUGAUUUACAUUAGCAGUUCAAAUUAUAUGUUAAGAACAUCAAAUCUACAUAAAUUCAUUUUUUUUUUUGUUAAUUUCUACUCGGUAAAUCUGUGUGUGUUUUCCACUGUUACAAAUCAAUGAAUGUUGCUUACCUAUGUAAGCAGAAACUUUAUGAUUUAAGCCGAAUUAAAUCCGCAAUUCAAGGAUAAUAUCCUACGGCCUUACGCUACUGUGGAGGAAUAAUUUAAAAAACAAAUUUUCCAUGACCAAUAGAGAAUUGGAUGAACCCUGUGAGUAAUGAUUUGUACUCCUUAUGCUAUGUUAUUUUAAACAAAACCAGCCAAAUUACAUAUGCCAAUAUUAAUUGAAACACAUUCACAUGCGCAUCUAACCAUCAAAAUGCAACUACGUCAAACGAAAUCUGUCUCACACUAGCAAAGCAAAAUCAAGCUUGGCCAAUUUCAUUGUUAAUAUGUUUCUGCGUGCAAUCAAAAAGCCACCAACAAAGAGGAAUGAGAGAUAUAAAUGAUUUUGGAAAAUAUUAAAAUAAGGCAUAAUCAUUUAUAUCAAAGUGCAAAUAAACAAAAAUCAAAUGCGAGGGGUCGGGGCGAGCCUUUAAAUGUAAUGUUUAUAAUUAUUGAAAUUAAAUAGAAAUAAAUUAUACCCACUCUUAUACACUAAAAUAACAUUCCAACAUAAGAUCACCGGUUCAUAAUCAAAAACGGACAUUUCAACAACAUGGACAGAACCUACAAAAUAUAAUGCUUUUUAACAUUAACGAAUAUUGCCAGCAUAUGAACGUCCGUAACAUUACAAUGCGAUUGGUUCUUGCUAAAGAGUGGCAAGAAAAGUAGAUAAAUCAAAGAAAACUUAAAAUAUGGAAAUAGUUUCGAAAGGAGAACAUAAUUAAUGAAUCAAUAGAAAAAAAAACAAAGCCAAGGUUUGUCCAAGUUCCGUUGUGAACAUAUUUUUAUUAUUUUUGAGCCGGAAGCAAUUUACUUAGUAUCUAGACGAUACGAAGUAUUAAAAGGAGCUUCAUGUAACGAAACUGCUAACGAGUAUGCCAGAAUAAAACGCAAGUGUUAUGAAACUCUAUCGAUGAGUGGCAAGAGGUAAAUGCUUGAAUAGAAGCAUUAUAGGCAGCAGAAGUUAAUCAAAAGGCUUAUAUAUCAAUCAUUUUUAGACAAAAACAACCUCUGAAUAAUGAGAUAACACAAAAUGCAAAUGAAAGCAACUGAAUGGUUGAUAAGCUUGGUAAAUCAGCGUUACACGCAUACGCACCAACAAACAAACAAAAAAGCAAACAACGUCGUAAGGUUGCUAUAUCUUAACACGAUAUUUCUUUAUAUGUUAUAGGUUCUCUUUUUACUGAUUGCUUCAUCAGAAUGCUUUUGUGAUAUUUAAUAAAAACUAAGACAUAGGGAAGAAAACACACAAAUGCUUUUGGUAGUGUCGUUUCCGACUUGGUACGGAUAACAAACAGAACGGAUUAGCCUUCUGCAGUCGUUUAUAAAGUAUAUUAACUAUAGCCUAAGCCGGUUUUAAACAUUGGAAAUCGCUCCUUAUAAUUAACAUCCCAAUUUUAUAGAUUCACAUGCAUCGUUAUAGUUUGUAACAAAAUAUUACGUAUGAAACACUGCCACAGACAUGCAUUCGCUCACUUUACAGCACCUAAAGCUUAUCUCUUACCAUAUCGUUGAAGCAUAGCGAUUUUCGAGAUUAUUUUUACUGUUAAAUUAAAUUUAAAAUACUUGAAUGUUUUUUUUUUUUUUUCAAAUCAUAAUCCCUUUCCUUAUAUCGCUUCCAUAAAUUCAAACAUAUAUGCUACUAACUAUGCUCACUACAUUGUGAAUUACGAUUACAUGAAUAGCUGUGCAAAGAGAUCGUUAGAAUGUUUAUGUCGUUCUUUUAAACAUAUUCUGUUCUUUCAAAUAUUUUGUCAAGGGUAUUAUGCUUUUACAUUGAAACCAUCAAACAAGAAAAUUAAUAGAGACAAAGGGUAAUCCUGUAGCUAGGUACAACUUCGCUUGUUAAAAAUUGAAUGUUGGUGAGUGUAUAAUUGCCAUUCAUCAAAUACUUUACGUAAACACUUCGAGUACAUUAACUUCGUAACUUCGAAUACAUUAAAGAGAACGCCCACCAACACAGGUACUGCAAAACAUGGGUCGCAACACAAACAUAUACCAAAGAUUAAAAAUCAAUCUCUUACAAAUUCAUGCAAUCCCAGUGGUAUGAAAAAGGCAAAAUAAACUUUUAACAGCUUCGGUUGUCAAGACAUGAACAGGCAAGAAAUUGAUGGAAAUAAGCUAUUAAAAAUUUCACAUAAUCAACAUAACUUACCCUUAGUCAUGCAAUAGUGAUGGAUCGUACGAUUCAUUUCACGACCCGACCUGGAGUGCGAGUCUGUCGGAAUCGAUUCCGACCCGUGGAUGCAGCGGUAGACCAAGGUCGGAGUCGGAAUCAAAUCCGACCCGAGGGUGCCGCGAGUUCGAGGCGGUCCUAAUGUUCAGAGGUGGCAGAAAGCAUACGCGAUUCCAACCCGUUGGUACAGCGAUUUCGGGUCUGAUCGGGUCAAAGCAGGUUCAAUACUACUCGGGUCAAAGUGCGCACCCAAGGGUCGGACUGAACCUACCUUGGUCGGAUCCGACCCGAACUCGGUGCACCAACGGCUCGAAGUCGCUUAUGCUCUUGCACCUAACGGAAUCGUUGCACCUAUUGAUGUUACUUUUACCUUUCAGGUCGACCCGUGCAGCUUCUGUUUGCUUACGGAUGGCUUUGACCAGGUAGCUUCGAGUCGACCCGCCCGACACUAAGGCACAAGUGUUCUAGCAUAAACAUUCCUUUACAAAAUCACACAUGCAAACAUAUUUCCACAAGUCAGACAUAAAUGUUCAAUACGGAUUGCUGUUAAGAACAUUCAAAACAAAACAUUAUUAGCGAUUCAAAGUACACCAAUAGGACUUAUUACAGAUGCUUUCUAAUUUACGUUCACGCAGCCUAUAUCUUUGCUGAAGAAUCUUUCCCGUUUCACCAGAAACAAGUGUCGAAAAAAUUCCCCCAUUUUUACGUUAACACAUCACGAAUCUUUGUCGGAAACAAACAUCGUAAUUUUAUAAAAUAUUUUGUAACAUCGCCGGUUUUUAAGUAAACCAUAAUAUUCCACCGUUAGGAAACUUUGACCUUGGAAAUCGAAAAAGCAAUCGAAAAAUCAUGUUUAAAUACGAAAACACACAAUUAUUCGCUCCACCUGUUAAAAUAUCGCCAUAAGAGACACUUGCUAUCUAUCCAGCGAUAGAUAGCUAAGAUAGCUCGAAAAAGAUUUGCCGAAGUUUACUUAACUACCCCUGUUAAAAGUGUGUUUAGUAGAUUUUUUUUAGAAAAAUAUGGGUAGUGUAAACGUCCUUAUAACCAUGUUUUGUUUUAUAAUAUGCCUCAAUACAUUAUUACAUUAUUAUUACAAUUUCAUAAAAAAAUAAGGAAGCAACAAUCUGUUAACAGUAAAUCUAUCGAUUUGUUUUACUUUUACAUCUUUAUUAACAAAAUAUCGUGAGAGGUCCAUGAAACAACCCAUCUUAUAUGGAAUAAAAAAUGUUCGCUUGAAGGGGUAGGGAUAAUCUCAUCCCAAAAAUAGUAUGAUGAAACGAGAAACAAUUUCGAUGUAACAAAUUCGGAUACAAAAACAGCAAAACGCUAAACAAGUGAAGAUAAUAAAAGCGUAAAUAUGGAAGAAGCCACUUAGCUAGAAUUGAUAAUACAGGUAAUGUUUUCGUAAAAUUGCGCAUAUUGUCCAUUUGCUCACUGUCUAUUUGUUAGCGCUAGAGCUGAACGUGCAUACAUACUUGUGCUUUUGUAAUACUUGAAAAUAUCCAAUUUUCUGUCUUACGGGAAUUUAAAUUCGAAACCAAAUUCGAAGGACUAAAUUGACUCGCAACAAGUGAAAAAUAGAUAGAUUUAAAAACACAACAACAGAAGCUAUUGAAUCAAGUGUAUAUCUUAAAUUUAAAAAUAAUUAAAUAAAUUGGUAUGAGAAAUAAACCACGAUAAAAACUUCAGGUUUAAAAAAAAUCACGCUCUCAAACAAUGGACAUUUCAAUAAGUUAAAUUAUGCGGGGAAUAGAUCUAACAACGAUUCACGCCGAGAACUAGUUACUUUAUUGUAAAAAACCGGCAAGAACCACAAAACGUAGAAGUAACUGGAUUAACCCAGUAAACGUUUAAAAACACCAGGCGCGCUUUUAGCUGUACUUAAUCACCUUUAAUAAUCAAGAUAAAGUGUGACACAAACAAAUUUAUUGCACUCGCAUGCUUUCGCAUCAGCAAUGUACAGCAUUUAAAAGCAAAAACAAUAAUUGUGGCAUGAAUAAACAGGAGAAAAAAACGAGAAACAUAUGAAGCCAUAAUACAGAAGUUCAUUUACCACAGAUAUAUUGUAUUGAGGGAGAAAAGUCCCACAUGUCCAAAAACAAACAACAAUUUCAGUGCCUUUUUCAAAAAUAAAUGUGCAAGAAAUAAAAUUCCAAAGUCGAGCCAUGACAUUACAAGGAUUCAAUUUGAAACAAACGGUAUGAAUCGAAAGAAUGGACAAGUAUUCGCUUAUAUCUAAAGUGCAAGAAUAUAAACAAGAACAUUCUAUCGCGAAAUAUAUAACUGGGACUGGAAUGUUUUAAAUCACAUAUGAUUUCUCUAAAGAUCCAUAAAUGAAGGUAAUAUGCAUAGUUGAACAAACAUUACGAAUCGAUAUUAGAGAUGAGAAGGAUUCAAUACAGCAACAAAAACAAACCAAUGUAAAAUAAUCAUAAUCACGCCUCCUCUGUUAUACAUCAGCUUCUUUGUUAUUGUAAUAAACCCGAUACGCGAAAGGAAACCAAAGAAACAAAGUUUAUAAACAUUCUUCAAGUUAUCAGUUGCGUUGGUAAGCUUUUUAUGUAGCACAUUGUCAAUUUUUAAGCAGAGGAUAGUUUUUCUUUAAUGUAUUGUUAAACCUGUUUUUAAUCACCAGCUAUAAGUUUUAAAAAUAUUUAUUUUAUUUCAAUACACUUUAGAACUACUACACAUUGAAGUAUUAUUAUAAGAGCCAGUCCACAUGAUUUUCUAAGCAAUUGCUACGGCUAAAAGCUACCUAGGUAUAAAAGACUUUGUCCAGCAGGGGUGGAUGCAGUGAUUCUUUCUAGUAUAGACUAAGAAGGAAUUGUAUUUGCGUAUGCCAAAUGGAAGCAAAUAUUUCAAUAGCUUACAGCUUAAACGCAUUACUGAAAAUUAAGCUUGCUAAUUGAAGUAGCGAUAAAUGACGAAGUAAUUAACAAGAUAAUCUAUUCAAUCGAACUCGACCAAGUUCACUCGUUCUAGCCAUAUUAUGUACAAUCAAGAGAAAUGUGAACGCCACUUCAAGCGAACAUUUAUUGCAGAUGGAAAAAAGACAUAACUGUUGCAACAAAAUGAUUGAAAGCAAUCGAAUUAUACAGAAAACACUACAGAAAAAAAUGACAUGCAGAAAUGAAGAUACAAACAAAACAUAUAAAAGAACUGUGAACGGAAUAAUAACGAAGAACUAUGAACAAAUGGUGAAAAAAACAAUAGUUUGGAAAUCUCACCCAUUAUGCUUUGUGAUAAAAAUUAUCACCAGAAUAUCUUAAAAAGCACCAGCACACUGUGUUACGAAAUUUCUUGUUUAUUUAUGUGACGUCAUUACUUAAAUAAAACUUGUUAUGAAUUUAUUGUAAUUAAUGAUGAAAUAUCCAAUUAUCAGCUACUUCAUUUCUGGUGUUAUUAAUUAAACUGUUUGCAUAAGUUGUUUUCAGUUAUAGUACAAAGUAUAAGAAGAAUCAAUAUACACAGCUACUUCCCCAGCUAUGAGUAUUACUUCUACUUACCAUUGCUUAUAGAGAGAGCCUACCUGUUUCGAAAAAUCAGUAAUAAUAUGCUAAAGACAAGUGCCAUUUUUAAUAUAAUUCAUAAUAGUUUGUAUUCAUAACAUUAUAUUGCUUAUGUUUCAAUAGCUUAUCAUUGUCCCCUUGUCCGAAUCGAUUUUGGAAUAAGCUAGUUGAAUGUACCUAGAUCGCCUUUUGGUUUUGUACAACGUGUUGGAGAUUAUGGAAAAAAGAGAUAACCGAUAUCAAGAAUUAGUCAAUUAGGCUUUUUUUUAUUUAUUCAAAAUCUGUGACAUAACUAUGAAUUGUAACAGCACGGAAUAUUUCGUGACCAUUUUUCUUCUAUAAAAUUCUGCAACACAUGUCAUAACAAUACGAAAUGUGUCCAUGGCAUAAAAUGUGUACAAGAACUGCACACGCUACAAUAAAUGUAGCAGGGAUCGUUUUGUAAAUGGUGUAUACAUCCUUUGCACUUGUACUGGAAAUGUUUAAAAGUAUACUAUAUUCCCCACUUCUAAACAUAUCACAGCUAAAAGCAAUGUUCUUUUUCUUACUUACAUUGGAAAAGAUCUAUUUCAUAAUUCCUUUGAAGUAAAAGUCCUGGUUGAAAACUGUUCACGAAACAAUUCCGAGGUCAAAUUCUAUGUCUUCCCAAUAGGAUUUGGCUUCACUGCUAAGAUUCAUUGAACUAUUUUUUAAAAAUAAUUUUCUACAUGAUAAUUUGUAUGCAAAAAGUCUAUCAGACCCAGGUCUAAAAUUGUUCGUUUUUAUUGCAAAGCGUAUUUGAUAGAUCAAUUUUUGUUUUUUAACAUAUAUGUAUCAAAAGUUUAGUUAUAGUUAUAUAAGUUAUAUGUAUUAAAACCCGAAAUAUUGUUUUAACAUAAUGUAUCAUGAACUCAAAUCUAUACUUGGAAUAGUUCAAUAGUUAGACAAUGUCAGCAAUUUUGUCAUUCUGAAUCCCUACUAUUUUUUUCUACUUUUUUUUAAGUAAGUGUCGUUAUUUAUUUGUAAACAACAUCUCAACUCCCGUUGUUUCAUUGAAUUAUUUUAUUUAAAGGGUUCCGGUCUGCCUUUACCUAUUUUCAAACCCAGUUUUAAGUUAAAAAACAAACUUCAAAGUUAAAAUUUAAAUACAAAAUCCAGAAGGCAAAACCAAAACUAGAUUAAGGUACAUUUUUAGUGAUCACCAAACAAAUACCCUGUUAAAUUUCAUGUCAUAGUGAAUUUUCCUUCCCCUGCAUCUAUCAAAACAUCACAUGUACAACAUGAAACAUUUGUUUUCAAGGUGUUAAUAUAUAGCUUUUUUCGAUACAUCAUUACACCAUAUCUCAUUUUUACUUAGAAAACUGAACCAAAAUUGGUCUACUCUACCAGUUAUGAAGCUAAUAGCAAUAUAUUAUGUAACAUAUUUUACUAUGUUCUGUAGGCAUGUUACAUCCCAUUACAUAGCUUACAUCUUUUUAUUAAAAUCUGAAAGUAAUGCGAUUUUUCUCUUUUUAUUGAUAGCAAUACUUGCAAGUCUCAAGAUUCCAUCAAAAACAUAAAUUCACAAGAACAAAUCCUACAAAUUCACAUAAACAACAAUUUCACAUAGAACAACAUGAACUGUCUCAUAAAUCUGUAAAGUUUUUUGGGAAACAGUAACAAAAAAGACCGCUAAUGAAAACGAUGAUGCUACUGUAUGAGCGAUGAAAACACAACAAAAGAUUAUAGAUUUAUUAUCCAUUAUGAUUAUUGUAAAAGAAAAAAGUUGUUGAAGUUUGUACAAAUAAAAUAAAUGAUAAAAUAUAGAACUUGACUGCUUUAGAAAUUGUGUUUCGAUUGAUGUGUUCUAUAGAAUCGUCUAGAAAUUUUCACAUUUUUCUUAUAUUGGCCCCUUAAUCUUCUUGAAAGUUGAAAUUUCAGCCUGUCCGUGAAAAAGUAUUCAUCAUCUGGGUUGUUUCCAUUUGACAGUUACGUUAUGCCAUAUUAAAUUUUACCAUUUGUCAACAAACAAAUGUGUAUUUUAAAAUCAUGUGAAUAGUUUGAAAUGGAUUAUAGUACAGUAGAACGUCGAUUAUCCGGGCAGCUCGGGACCGGAGGUUGCCGUUUUAUCGAUUUGUAUGGAAAAUGAUCCAAGAAAACGUUCCGUUCGUGUACUAUCUGCCUCGGCCGCUGGUCCACUUCCGGAGUUUCGCACCCCUCCAGCAACAAAAACUUCAAUCGCCUCCGCAACCACGACAUUACGACACAUCACAUACACCCCAAUCGCUGCUGCAACCACACAGUAGUUGUGACCUGCUACCACACCUUGCCCUAAAUGACAACGGCUCCUCCGAAACUGUAACUAAAACGGCCUAUACGGCUCAGCAAGUACGAUCGCUUCAACACUCACAUCGCCCGCAGCCUCAGCACGCAACCCUCGUACGUCUUUGCCGGUGUGCCACCAUAUCGGCAUUCACCAUCUUGCCGGCACUUCCAUCACCAACGUAACAACACAUAUACUGCCUGCGCUUUCGCACUCAAUAGAGUCGCCCGUAUCCAUAUACUACCAAAAUGUACGUGAAAUGCGUCCGGUAAGAUUCGUUUGUCAGUAUCAGAAUCUUAACUUGAUGUAAUUGUAUUGACAGAAUCAUGGUCAUUAAUAAGAGUCUACCAUCCGCACUUUUCUUCGCCGUCCACCGUUUCUUCCAUCCUUUGAAAGCCCCGUAGACCUCCUGUGACUCGAAUUACUAUGCAUUUGCUUACAACUCAUGAAUACCCUCGUGUAUGUUGCGGUUAUUUUCCUUCCACCCGAGCUUAGACAAAAUGAACACACUUUGGGGGAAAUCCACGACUGCAUACGCACAAUCUGCGCAAUUACUUACCCGGAAGACGGGAUAUUUGCUAGUCUAGUCUCGACUAGUAUAAGUGCCCUGCACGCAACGAUAAAUUCGGUUCAAUGUGUAAUCUAUGCCCCGGAAUUAUCUGGAAUGCCCGAUAGCGAUAUCAUAGAAGAACUAAAAGAACUGAACGUAGUGGAGGUUCGGCGCUUUAUACGAAAAACAAACCAUGUGAUCACACCAACAAACUCUAUCGUCUCUCAUCGCAAUGGAUUGUGCCAUCUGCUCUUCUACCAUCGCCAAGGAUCCGGUUCUCUGCUGUGGAAAUUUGCCUUAUUCGAAAUGCAAGGCUGCGUUUCAUCCAGAAUGCAUUAAAAUUGCUGCAGCUUGUGUCAAAGAGAUGGCCCGUAAUCGUGGCCUUUGCUGGAUGUGUGAAAAGGGUCGUGAAUCUAGAGCCGACUUCGUUUCUUUUAUUUCUGGUUUGAUGAGCGAUCUGAAAAAUGAGAUGAGAAAUGAACUGUUUCAUGAGCUAGAUAAACGGUUCACUCACUUGCCUUCAUCCAAAUUACCAUCCACUAAACCUACAAAUACAGCUACAAGUGCACCAAAGCAAACUGGUAUCCCCACUACAAGUUUAUUAUCCGUUAACGCAUACCACACUGAUCCUGACAAUAUAGAGUUAUCCACGCCUGAAUCCGUUAAACUAGACACUAUUUCACGCACACACCCAUCAGAGCGUACCGAAACGUCGAUCACCGAAUUCUCUCACCCAGCUCUUCACAUUGGCACUUCUAACGACUUAACCAUGAACAGCGCUAUACAGUUUAUACCAGCACCAGAACCAAAAACAUGGAUUUUUAUUACGAGAGUUGCACCAAAAGUUACCGAAGAAAGCAUGAAAACAUUUAUUCCAGGGAGAUUGAAUUGCACUAACUGUUCCGUGAAACGUAUUUUGCCCAACGGCCGCGAUCCAAACGCUCUCACAUACAUAUCAUUUAAAGUUGGUGUCUCUUCUGAACUAAAAGAGAUCGCGCUCUCUCCCACGACUUGGCCGUGUGGUUUUGUUUACAGAGAGUUUAACUUUCGCCCACGCGCUCCCAAAAUAUCCACACCAUAUUCGGGAUUCACGUUACCUGCAUCGCUUUAUCCUCAAUCAGCUGUUCGGGAACCUGCGAAAACAAACACUACUCACCAGGACAUGAAUCUCACCAACACUAUCACAUCACCACAGCCGUCUACUUCUUACUCGAUCUCUACCGCGGUUAUACAAACAAACGCUGCAUCAACAACAGAACCGCAAAUAAAUAUUGCUGGCAACUCUUCCGGAUCACCUUUUUUACACAAACAAUAACGUGUCCGCGCCGACACGAUGUAUCACUAAAGGAUCCUUUCUAUAUUUUCUAUCAAAAUGCUAGAGGUUUACGCCCAAAAAAUACCGAAUGCUUUACCAGUACAGCUAUUUCCGAGUGGGAUGUGAUCGUUCUCACCGAAACCUGGCUCACCGAUAGUUACCAAUCUUCUCUAUUGUUUGACAGCCACCGCUACAAUACAAUACCGAUUGGAUCGCUCUGCCAUAAAUAGUGAUAAAUGUAUUGGUGGAGGAGUUCUCAUUGCCACGAAUAUCAAAUAUGCGGCUUCGCUGUGCACUACUAAUACAUCAUCAAUUGAGUGUCUUUGGGUGCGUGUAAUAGUUUUGGAUGUUUCCCUAGUCAUCGGCUCAUUCUACCUCCCUCCUGACCAAGCUGCCAACCCCGAUGUUAUAAAUACUUUCUGUACUACGCUACAUGAAACUAGGGAAAAAUAUAAAGACGAUCAUUUGAUUAUUCUCGGAGAUUUUAAUCAACCCUAUCUUAAAUGGAUUACUCGGAACGAUUUUCCUUCGCUUGACUUUAGCAACUCCCGAAUACAUCCUACCUACCAAAUUCUCCUCGAUGAAAUUAAUUUGGCCGGCCUUCAGCAAGUUAAUUCAAUCACCAACUGUAACAAUACUAUACUUGAUUUAAUUUUUGCGGAUGACCAGACCGUUGAACGAUUGAGCCCAUUAGAACUGAGUUUAGAAUCCAUAGUUGAACCUGAUCCACAUCACCCUGCUCUACUUACCCAGCUUCAUGGUUCCGCAACAGAAUUUGUCGUCUUCUGAGUCCCCAGAACGGAGAGAUUUGAACUUUAUACGUACGAAAUUUGAUGAAUUAACAAUAGCGCUAACUCAAACCAAUUGGGAAUUAUUAAAGUCUAACCACGAUAUCAACGAUAGCGUAUUAAGCUUCUCAAAUCAUCUAAAUGGAUUAUUCGAACAGUUUGUUCCCUGCUUUAAUCCUCCAUCGAAACCACCGUGGGCUAAUAAUGCACUACGCGUCGCCAAACGCGUCGCCGGAGAUCUAAUGCCCAACAAAAACUGCGCAGUCUUCGAAACAGGACCAACCAAGCAAACUUUGCUCCCGCUGCUCGGAUUUACAAACAUUUAAACCGUUUUGCGUAUGCUGACUACGUUAGAAAGAUCGAAUUCAGAUUCAAAAAGGAUCCACUAGCAUUCUGGAAAUUCAUACGGAAUAAGAAAUCCUGCGACCGUCUUCCAGCUGUAAUGAACUUCAAGGGAAACAUAAUUUCGGGUGAAGAUGACCUCUGCAAAGGUUUUGCAGAACAUUUUGCUUCCGUGUACACCUGCAAUUCUUCGAAACCUCUCAACCUAUCUUCAGCACUUUCCGCAAUCAACGACGCAGUUGACUUAUCCACAUCUAAUAUCAGUGAAGAUGAAGUCGAUGCUGCCAUAUCGCAACUGAAGCUUUCGUAUGCCUCUGGGCCGGACAACAUUCCCAGUGCAAUUCUUAUUCACUGUAAGGCUGCUCUUUUGCCUAUUCUGACUCAACUUUUCAACAAAUCCUUACAGUCGAAAUGCUUCCCGCAAAUAUGGAAAUCUUCUUACAUGUUUCCUGUCUUUAAAAAAGGAGACAAAUCUGAUAUAUGUAAUUAUCGCGGAAUCUCUAUGUUAUGUGCUUGUAGUAAGCUGUUUGAAAAAGUUAUGUUCCGCCACAUGUCCUACGCUUUCCUGCCUGUUAUAUCUGUUAUGCAACACGGCUUCAUGCCUAAACGUUCGAUUGAAACUAACCUGCUUCAUUUGCUUCAAUUUGGCUACUCCAAUAUUGACAAGGGCCUCCAGGUUGAUGUCAUUUAUACCGACUUCUGCGCUGCAUUUGAAAAGGUCAACCACUACUUAUUGCUUGCUAAAUUAUUAAAAUAUGGUGUACACUCAAAUUUUUUAGCAUGGUUAGAAAGCUACCUAAUGAACCGUUGCAUUAAUGUAAAAAUUGGAAAAACUUUUUCUGACCCUUUCUGUACCUUUUCUGCUUUUCUUUGUGUUCCACAAGGAAGCAUAUUAGGGCCAUUAUUAUUUAUUAUAUUUAUUAAUGAUAUUGUGUUUGCUGUUCCCAACGUCAAUGUUUUACUAUAUGCAGACAAUCUUAAGAUGUUCCUUGCUGUUGAAAAUUCAAAUCACUGCGAAAUACUUCAAGAUUCCAUAAACCGUUUUUUGACGUGGUGCCAUGAUAACGAAAUGUCUGUGAAUGUACAAAAAUGUAACUGCAUUACUUUCUCUAAGAAAAGGAUUCCAAUAACUUUUAAUUACAAAAUAGGUCAAGACAGUGUGCCGCGGUCAUCUGUUGUUCAUGAUUUAGGAAUAAUGUUAGACAGUGUAAUAUCCUGGAGAUUUGACCCCUGAUAAGACCAUAGUGCCCAAUAUGCCGGAUGAGAAUAUGACCAUCACCGUGACAACUGUGCGAUAAUCUGAAUGUCAAAAUAAAGAUCAUUCGUUUACGGAUCGUUGUACUGACAACA